CUUGCCUCUUUCCCGGGCUCCUCUGCUCUCAGCUGUGGUGCCAGUAUCGGUGGCCCACUGGCCAGACCCUGCACCUGGACCUCUCUUUGGUCACUCUUUCCCUGUCUUCCAGCAGCGCCAGUACUCACCUAGCCCUUCCUGUGGGCGCCCACUGUCCUUACCCCAACUUCUUUUCGUGCCGGUGUCCGGCGUCCGCAUGUGGGACAUGGAACCGAAGGAAAGGAGAAUGGUCUCAGGGAACCUGGGUUCCAGCCAACAGACGGCAAAGGAAACGCCAGUGUCCCCAACCUGCAAUGACAGCUGCAGGGAUCCUGGACACGCAGGGGUCAGGAAGGAGGGGAUGCUGAUGGGCGAGCUGGAGGCACUGGUCCAGGAGAUGGUGAAGACGAGUAGUUGGUGGGAGCGGCACGGCCUGGAUUGGUUCAUCCUUGCUCUUAACUUCCUCGCUCUACCUUUAGGGUUCCUGUGUCUUCGAUCCCAGAGUACCCUGGUCUGUGCCCUAGGGAUCAUCAUCCUGGGGGUGGUACAUCACACAUUCACAGUCAAGGGUAGCCAUCUGGCCAGCCACGGUGCCCUCAGCAACUCCAAACACUGGAGCAGAUUUUGGGUGCUCUUCUUUGUGGAAGUGUGUACUUCGUUCACAGCUGAACAGGCCACACAUGGCCAUGUGAAGUUACAUCAUGGUUACACCAAUGUGGUGGGCCUGGGGGACUCGAGUACGUGGAAGGUGCCUAUCCUGAAUCGAUAUGUCUACAUGUUCUUUGCUCCAUUGAUGUUACCCAUCAUCACCCCUCUGGUGGCACUUGGGCUGCUGAGGAAGGAGGAGCCUAGGACAGUUCUUCGGACCUUGUGUCUCAUGUCCCUGGGGCUCUUCUCUCACUACUGGCUGCUGAUCAAAGUCUCUGGCUUCCAGUCUCCUGGGUUUGCUCUUCUCUGCAUGCUUAUCACCCGGGGCCUGCUGGCUCACCCCUACAUCCAUGUCAACAUCUUCCAGCACAUCGGGCUGCCCAUGUUCUCGUUGGAUAAGAAGCCCCGGAGGAUCCACAUGAUGAGCCUUGGGGUGCUCAACCUGCCCCGAAACCCCAUCCUGGACUGGACAUUUGGCCAUUCUCUCAUCAGCUGCCAUGUGGAACAUCACCUCUUCCCCCGGCUCUCUGACAAUAUGUGUCUAAAGGUGAAGCCAGUGGUAUCUCAGUUCCUUCAAAGGAACCAUCUGCCAUACAAUGAGGACUCCUACCUGUCAAGACUUUGGCUUUUCUUGAGCAGAUAUGAGGAGCUCAUGGUGCAUGCCCCUCCCAUCACUGACCUGGUGGGGCUCCAGUGAGGAUGUUCCCUCACUGACAAGUCUCCCCAGCCCCCUUGCCCUCACCAGGGUUCUGGCUCAAGAUCCUUCUGCUUUGGCUGGGAACAUACCCAGAGACAUCACCCUAGAACCUAAGCCUGCCUCUCUCUGCUCCCUGGAGCUCUGAGUGGAUUGGGAGGCUUCUCUUGGAUGGGCCCUCUGCUUUUUCACCCUUCCAUCUUGGGGUAGGAGGGAUGGGUAUUGGGUAGGGGGCACAUCCAGCACUGUACCUCCCCCAGAGGGCAAGUGGGUAUAUGCCCUGGAGGCCUAUGGAACACUGUUUGCCCUUUCCUGAGUUGGGCAAAGAGUGGGCAGCGAGAGUGGUGGCCUUUCCUCCUUUGGGAAUGGUGUACUCCUCUCCAUGAUCCUUUAGACCAUCUUCAUCUUAGAACAAAUCAGCCUGAUUCCUUGUCCCCUUUCCUUUGUCUUCCCUUCUGACUCUGAAUGUGAAGUGUCAGUGAGGGCAGUAGGCUUUGCUGAGACAUCUGGUAAGAAAGGAGAACAAAGGAAGGUUGGGUCCUGUGUGCUCCCAAGAAAUCCUUCAAAUAGUAGUCACUGAGUUCCUCUUCAAUUCUGCUGUAAUUGCUAAUACACUGUGGGAACCCCAGCUUAGGAAAGCCAGAAUCAGCCCAAGAUAUUGGCUUAGCAUUUCCUGUGGCUCAGGAUACCUCUCUAGGAUCUGGGUAGGAUUUGAAGGCAAAAGGGAAUCAGAUUAAGCACUUCUCUCAAGGUGGAAAAUAGGAGUAGGAACUUAUAGACAUCUGUGAGUAAUCUUGGUGAUCCCUAGGAAAAAAAAAAUCUUGUUUUGAAUUGAGACUUACAAAAAAAGGUUAGGAGGACAUAAUCUACUGGAGAGAGGAGGCUUAUGGUAGAGGGAAAUAGUGGGGUUGGAAGCAAGAUAGUGUGUGAGACAUGAAGACCCUUACCAAUAAAUUCUGGAGACUCAGAUGUAGCAGAGAGAAAGAUUUCUUUAUUAGCUUUCUCGAGAAAGGGCACCCUCCGUCUGCCUAAGAUCGCUGUGGUGGAAGAGUGCAAGGCUGUGCUCAGCAAAGAAAGAUUAUAUAGCCCCUAACCCCCUUCUUCUCAGCUCAUUGGUGCAAGCCUUGUGGGCACAAUCUAUUCGGGCAAUCUACCCCAGCAACAGAGAACAAAGACAGUUUCACAAACCUGCCUGGAGACAAGGAAAGGUGGGAAGUUUUUGCAAGAGUAAGCAGUUUGGGAAGGGGGGUGGGGUCUGGUAAAUACAGGAUGUGUUGAAAAGCAUGUUUCCUUACAAGGUCAACUGGCUGCAAAUAUUUCAACGGAAUAAGAAACGAUUAACUCUUUGAGGAGGCUUCACUCCUGAGAGAUCCUCAGAGAUCAUCUCUCACAAUAGGAAAAAGAUUCGGAAUGAAAGUUGGGCAGGCAAGAAACAGAGAGGAGGAAAAAGAGAUGGGACAGCUAGUUAAUGGGGGGAAGGAGACCUUGAAGGCAGGGUCACAGGUCAAGGGCAGUGACAACGUGGAUCAGUGAUACUUUAGCUUGAAGUUUGUAAGUAUAAUGAUGGGAGUGGGGCAGGGAAAGGGAGGCGAGGGGAGUAGGUGACUAGAAGAGAGGCCAAGGGUCUAGUGAGUUGUAGGACAUCCACAAGAUUUAGACUGGAGAGGUCUGGACUGACUGCAAGGUUGAGAGUGUCUGGUUUGGUUACAUGGCCAUACACCAAGUAAAAUGGUUAGCUCUUAGAGCUGGGAGGUUGGCUUUAAAAGUACGCUAGUAUUUAUUCCAGGAUUUUAAUUGAAAUGAUUUUAAUAUAAGUCACAGAACAGAGCAGGGGAUUCUAAUUAUUCAGAUGGGGCAUGGGGAAUGGGUGCUAAGUUUUGGGGAAAAAACUCAGAAAUUCAGCCUCAAGUUUAGGGAAAUUCUCUCAGUCUUGGAAGAGAGGAAUAUCAUUCUCCAGGGUUAUUUGCUUGGCAUCUUUGAUCUCAGAAAUUAUCUGUAAGAGUGAGAUCCACUCCUCUCUCUUGUGGAGGUGGGGAAGGCGGUUAGGGCAGCCCUUUCGGUCAAAAGGAUGAUGGGAGUAUGCAGCUGUGAAGUGGCAGUAUUAUUAUUGAGCCAGUAAAGUGGUGUGACAGAGUGAAGGCCUUGGCAGAGGAGAAGGGAAGUUGCCUCAGCCACUUACUAGCAAUGGGACCCUGGACAAGAUGGUUACCCCAUUGGCAAAAUGGAGACAAUAAUAACAACCUCCCUGACAGUGGUGUUGUGACCAUCAAGUGGGAUAGCAUUGGCAAAGCACUUUCCAAAUCUUAAAGCACUACAUACAUGUUAACAGUUACUAUUAGACUCAGGGUUUGUAGAUGCAUCAGCUGCUUUGUGAACUGGGAGGCAAGUCAAUUAAAUAGCUAAUCCUCCAAAUAAAUAAUGCACAGUCAGAAAAGGUCUCAGUUAGAUGGUCCUGGCUAAUGAUUAAAACCACCCCAAGAUGUGA